UGUGCGAUUGGAGCAUUUUGGUAACGAGCGCAACCGCUCCGCCGCACUCGCCGCCAUUUUGUUUAUUUUCGCGUGACGGAGAAAGAUCCGCGAGCGACGAUCACGACGUACGGGAUCGGCUCGCGCGCAUUCGUUCGUGCUCGUCGAGGCAACGUCCAGCACCAAGGAGGCUGGAGAGAAAGAAAGAGAGAGAAAGAAAAAGGGAAGCCGUUGGAGGGCACCAGGUGAAAGCUCGUGGUCGCGAAGUCGCGGGUGAGUCGAUCGAGAGAAUCGGAAUCAAGCGCGAUCGAGAUCCGUGCGUGACACCCGACGUGAGGGGAGAGCGAAGCGAACGAGCGAGCUAACGCGGAGCGAAUCUUCGUCGAUCGCGAGCAUCAUCGUCCAUCGUCGUAUCACGACGACGCGGUGGUCGGCAUCCCGCGAUUACCCCGCCGAGGGCCGGUCAAACGGCGUAGCCAGAACCGUUCUUCGCGGAUCGGCUGUGCGCGCGCGGGAGGGGGGAGGUCGGUGCGCGAGGCGCCGGAACGAGACGACGGCUGCCGCCACUAAUACCAUCGCCAUCAGUCACCACUACUACUAGCGGUCGCAGCAGCACCAUCCGCUACAACUGCAGCCACUACUGCUACUGCUCCUACUAGCUCCACCAGCAGCACCAGCACCAUCAUCGUUCCUAUCAUCGUCGCGGACGUCUCCGUCGCCGUCGUCGCUCCUACCACCGCCGCGAAGGUAGCCGCGAUCGUAGCCGUGGCGACAUUCGGGGGAACGUGAAAAAGAGAGUACGUGUACGGGUAGUACGGGUACUCGAGUCGCGGACCUAGCGAUUUAAUAACACACAGGGUGGAAUAUAUGCUGUGGGCGUCCCCCGUGCGAGUGGGGGCACUUGAUGGCCGCAGAAAUUGGGCGAACUGCGAGCAAACAUCUAUCGUCGGAGUGCGGUAAAGCGACGUCGCUGUCGAGUCCCGGUAGCGACGUGAGCUUGGACAGCAGCCGGGUGACCGUAGGAACAGAGCAACGGCAAUCGUCGCCGCCGCCGCCGCCACCGCCGCCACCGCCGCCGCCACCGCAGCAGCAGCAGCAGCAGCAGCAACAGCAAUAUCCACAACAUCGUACAUCAUCGGCCACGGUACAUCAGGUGAAGAAAGCACUCGCUAAGACGACGACGACGACGAUAACGACAACGACAACUCCGCCUUGUCGGAAUCGCUCAUCGCUCGCGACCGCGCAACCAGCAGCGGACAACAAUCAACAACAGCAGCAGGCACCGAUCAACGCGGACAACGUAACCUCGACGGCGGAGGCCGUCACCGAGGUACCCGGCGCCAUCAAGACGACCAUCAACAUCGGCUUCGCGAUGAACCACGUAAACGACCAGGAGAAUCUCAAGCAGCUCAGCCUCGCACCCGUUCAAGUUAACGAGGUCGAGGAGAUGGACACGCAGGAGGAAACUCCAAACGAUGGUGGGGGGGACGGAACAGACAAUCGUCCUAUAAAUGGUGAACCAGAAUUAGCGUGUAUAGUUCAGGAUCAAGAGAUGGAAGAAGAUGAGGCUCGAUCCGAAGCAACUUUUCGAUAUACUGUAGAGAAUGUAUCCAAGAUGAAAGACUCACAAUUGUCACCUGCGUGUUAUGUUCGCAAUUUACCAUGGAAAAUAAUGGUAAUGCCACGAUCAAGUCAGACACAAGAGAGGCAACCGCAGAGAUCGCUUGGAUUUUUCCUUCAGUGUAAUGGAGAGAGUGAAUCAACAUCAUGGAGUUGUUAUGCUGUUGCUGAAUUACGUCUUCUUUCGUGUAAAGAAGGACAUGAGCUAUUUAGCAGAAAAAUUCAACAUCUUUUCUAUAGUAAAGAGAAUGAUUGGGGCUUUAGCCAUUUCAUGACAUGGCAGGACGUUUUAGAUCCUGAUAAAGGUUUUAUCAAAGAUGAUUCAAUCACGCUUGAGGUUCAUGUAGUAGCUGAUGCACCUCACGGAGUCAGUUGGGACAGUAAAAAACAUACAGGGUAUGUAGGAUUGAAGAACCAAGGUGCUACAUGUUACAUGAAUUCUUUACUACAAACUCUGUAUUUUACAAAUCAGUUACGCAAAGCAGUGUAUAAAAUGCCAACAGAAAGCGAUGAUUCGAGUAAGAGUGUUGCACUGGCCUUGCAGAGGGUUUUUCAUGAAUUACAGUUUUCUGACAAACCUGUCGGUACAAAGAAAUUAACUAAAAGUUUUGGAUGGGAAACACUGGAUUCUUUCAUGCAACACGAUGUCCAGGAAUUUUUACGUGUGCUAUUAGAUAAGUUGGAGAGCAAAAUGAAAGGAACAUGUGUGGAAGGUACAGUGCCAAAAUUGUUUGAGGGAAAAAUGGUCUCUUUUAUUAAAUGUAAAAACAUAGACUACAAAUCCACAAGAGUUGAAACAUUUUAUGACAUACAGUUAAAUAUAAAGGGCAAGAAGAACAUUUACGAGUCUUUUAGCGAUUAUGUGAGUACAGAAAGUCUUGACGGCGAUAAUAAAUAUGACGCGGGAGAGCACGGAUUACAAGAAGCAGAAAAAGGUGUAAUCUUUUCCUCAUUUCCACCAGUUUUACAUCUACAUUUAAUGCGUUUUCAAUAUGAUCCAGUUACAGAUUGUUCUGUCAAAUUUAACGACAGGUUUGAAUUUUAUGAAAAGAUUAGUCUUGGCAAAUAUCUGCAAAACAAAGAAGCAACAAGUGCAGAUUACACAUUACAUGCUGUUUUAGUCCAUAGUGGUGACAAUCAUGGUGGACAUUAUGUUGUAUUUAUUAAUCCUGCUGGUGAUGGCAAGUGGUGCAAAUUCGACGAUGAUGUUGUCUCGCGAUGUACAAAGCAGGAAGCUAUCGAACACAACUACGGUGGUCAAGACGAGGAUAUGUCUAUGGCUGUGAAACAUUGCACUAACGCUUAUAUGCUGGUUUACAUAAGGAAUUCAGAGCUGGAAAACGUUUUACAAGAAGUCAAGGAAGAGGAUAUACCUCAAGAGCUGGUGGAGAGGCUGCAAGAGGAGAAGAGGCUGGAACAGAUAAGAAGAAAGGAAAGAACGGAGGCAUACUUGUACAUGACCGUCAAUGUCCUUCUCGAGGAUAGCUUUGACGGUCACCAAGGGAAUGAUCUCUACGACCCAGAGCACGCUUUAUAUCGUGUAUUUCGCGUACGUAAGCAGGCCACUGUGCACGAGUUUCUUGAACUACUGAGUGAUAGUUUGAAAUAUCCGAUAGAACAGAUUCGUAUUUGGCCGUUCAGUCAGCGUUCGAAUCAAACCUGCAGACCUACAUUAAUUGAGCCGGAUGCUGAUCUUCAAAAACCUAUCAUUGAUUGCGCGGAAAAUCACAAUCCAUGGAAUGUAUUCGUUGAACUUGUCCCUCCGGAUUCUGACAUGACAGCAUUACCGCCUUUCGACAAGGACACCGAUGUUUUACUCUUUUUUAAACUUUAUGAUCCCAAAAAUAAGAAAAUCCAUUAUUGUGGUCACCAUUAUAUGCCUGUUGUAGCCAAAGUCCAGGAGCUCAUACCAAUUUUAAACGAACGCGCGGGAUUUCCACCAGACACAGAACUUGCUUUAUAUGAGGAAAUUAAACCAAAUCUAGUUGAGAAAAUAGACAAUCUAACAGAACCCUUGGAAAAAGUAUUGGAGGAAUUAAUGGACGGUGACAUAAUUGUAUUUCAGAAGGAAGGAGAUAAUGAGAUGUAUGAACUUCCAACAUGUCGAGAAUAUUUUAAAGAUCUAUUCUAUAGGGUAGAAGUAACAUUUUGUGAUAAAACGAUUCCCAACGAUCCAGGUUUUACGAUGGAACUUUCGCUAAGAAUGACGUACGAUCAAAUGGCGAAGGCUGUAGCACAACGAGUUGGCACAGAUCCAUAUCUUUUACAAUUCUUUAAAUGUCAAAAUUAUAAAGAUUCUCCUGGCCAUCCUUUAAAAUGUACAUUUGAAGGCACGCUCAAAGAAUUGGUUUCGUAUUGCAAGUCAAAAAUAAAGAAAUUAUUUUAUCAACAGCUCAGUAUUAGAGUGAACGAGCUAGAAAACAAAAAACAAUUUAAGUGCAUAUGGGUCGGCCCAUCACUUAAGGAAGAGAAGGAGAUUAUACUUUACCCGAAUAAAAACGGUACUGUUGCCACUCUGCUCGAGGAGGCUAAAAAGCAAGUAGAAUUAUCAGAAAACGGAUCGGGAAAACUAAGGAUAUUAGAAAUAAAUUGCAACAAGCUAUUACCUGGCCCCGGAGACGAUGUACCUUUAGAUAACUUAAACUCAUCAGGCACCAAGCUAUAUAGGAUAGAAGAAAUUCCGAAUGACGAAUUGCAUCUAGCAGAGGGCGAACUACUGGUUCCUGUUGCGCAUUUUCACAAAGACGUUUUCUCAACGUUCGGUAUACCCUUUUUCUUCAAAAUCAAGAAUGGUGAACCCUUUCCAAAAAUGAAGGAUAGAUUGCUAAAGAAAUUAGGAGUUCAAGAAAAAGAAUUCGAAAAGUUUAAGUUCGCGGUGGUGUCCAUGGGCAAGCCACAGUUCAUUAUCGACUCGCCGGACUAUUGUAUCAAAAUCGACGAUUUCCUUCCUAGAUUUUCCGGUCAGAUUUAUCCACUUUUAAACGCAGGCACAUCGCCACACAGGCCUUGGCUUGGCCUGGAACAUGUCAACAAAGCGCCAAAGCGCUCUCGUAUCAACUACCUCGAAAAGGCCAUUAAGAUUUACAAUUAAAUUUCCACCACACGAAGAAGAAAUUAAAUUAGGCAGCCACUCAUAAUAAUUUAUAUACGACUCUGUAUAGUAAGAGAGCGACGUCUGAUAUACUAAAGGUUGGAAAAUGCGUUUAUGUAUUCAUUUCCUCAGCCAGAUUAAAACUAUGCAAUUUUAAUACUACGAGAAUGAUCGGAAGGUAAAUUCAAGCUUUGUAUACGAUGGAUUAUAAGAGACUAUCGUGAAAUGUGCAGUGCUAUUUUAUGCAUCAUGGAAGAACGAUAAAAUAGUUCCUCGAUUCGAAUUUGUAAAAGUAUUAUUGAUCCGAUACUUGCUUUGACGUCACUCAGUAUGAAUUUUCGCCUAGACUUCGAGAAUAUUUGAUUAUAAAGUGCACAUACAUUGUACCUAAUAUUAUUGUGUCUCUAAUCAUUCUCUCUAAUAAACAAUUUCCUUCUUUUUUUUUAAUUUUAUUAGGAAAACGUGACUUUUGUGUGAGAAAUAUUCCGGCUUUUAUCCUAUCACGUAAAAUUUGUAUAUAAUUGUUAUAUCCCAAAAGGGGUACCAUAUUAUGUUCUGCAUGAUGUAACAUCUAACACUCGUAACAUAUUAUUGGCAUCAAGAAAGAUUGCCUACACACUCCUCUUUUAUGCCUUGUAUCUGUAUUCAGGAUAUUCGAAAUGUGGGACUUGCCAUUAAUAUUGCGCUAAAAAAAGGACAAUGUCACAUUUAGUUUUAUUAGUAAAUUAAAUUCGUGACGCAAAGUAGACUCAUAAAAAUUCUAACAUUUUAAGGCGAAUCUAUUUCAUUGAUUCGAAAUAUUAAAAAAUUCAAACUUUUUCUCUUGUAUCUUUUUCAUAUUUUCGAAUAAAGAAUUUUUAUUUCAUGUCGCCUUAUAACAAGAAUAGAAGAAGAUAGAAAGUGCGUAAGCAAAAUUUCUAAGUUGUCUUUCCUAGAAUAUGUUUUUUUCCGUUCGAGCGUAUUUUUUGUGUGUUUUAUCUUGUAUAUUUUUUUUACAAAUUGUGUAAUGAUACGUAAAAUGCAAAUAUAAAAGGAUAUACAGAUAAAGCAAGAAAUCGACGAAACGAUUAAUGCUUAAUCUAGAUGAAAAGAUUCUUGGCGAGGUGCAAACGCUAGUUUAAGCAUAUAAUAAUGUAUUCGAAAUUUUUUUCUUUUCUUUAUUUACAGUAUGAACAGAAUAAUCGCUCCGUUUUUGAGAAACAAUGUGUAGAAAAUAACGACUUAAUCAUCAAGAAAUCGUCAUAUUCUCUUAAUUUGAUUAUAAAUUAGUAGUUUUUAUUUUUCAUUUCAUAUUUAAUUUAUAAAAUACGAUAAAAGUAGAUAUUUCGCGCAGAGUUACUUUUAAAAGUAACUCACGUGUUGCGCAAGAGUUCUGCUAUUGCAAAUAUUCUUAUUUAUCAUUUUCUACACCUUACUGUGAUCAAUUCAAUUUAGCCAACAUGUAUUUAAACACUACACCGCCGCCUCUCGAAUAUUUGAAAUAGCAUAAUUGUAAAUGUCAAAGAAAGGGGGAAUACUGAGCUUUUUACGUGUGCAUUAUUUAAUAAAUUUCUUUUUAUGUUAAGAAGCUGUUUAUUACUUAUAAGUUUUUAAGAGAUCUAUAAGUUUUAGAAAUAUAGGUUUAAGCUAUAUUAUUUUGAAUGUUUAAAUUUUUGAAGAAUUGCAGAUCUCACUUGAAAGUCGUAAUAAAAUCUUAAUGUGUCCAAAGUGCAAAGCAAAAUUUGCGUUUUGUGAAGUGACAAAAUGAUAUGCCAACAUACACACGUAUGUAUAUGAAUUGCUAAAAUGUUUCAAUAUAUUUACACGUCAAUUCAGAAUAUUUUGCGUGUGUGUGUGUUUUUUACUUGAUUAAUUAAUAAUAAUAUUGAAAGAGAAAUCUGUGUGACGCGUAAUAGUUUUUAAUGAAGAUUGAAUGCAUGAGUUAAAUCACAACAUGAUAUUUUGUAAAAAAGAAAAAAGAAAUUAAAUGUGAUUGUACAGACCGUAUUGUUUGAUGGCAUAUAUGAAAAGAAUCGUACUUUUAAUAUAAUGCAUCUAAAAAAAAACAAUUUCAAAUUACACUCUAAAGACACAUCAAGUGUGUUUUGCUUUCUGUAUUUCUGUUUUUAUUUAAAUUCGUUUGUAAUAAUUAAAUAGCAUGCUUAUUAAAUUCUUGUCAAGCCGAAUACAAGAGAGAUAAAGAAAGCAAAAGAAAGAAAGAGAGAGUGCGGCAUUUACAAUAAAAAUUUAAAUCGAAUUGUUUAAAGAAACAUAAAAGCAUCAUUACAAAUCUGAUUGCCAAAAAGAUAUUUCAUUCAAGCAAAUCGAGUAUCUUUUGUACGCCUAAAGAUUGGUGUUUGCGAUAUCGUAACAUCAUGAUUGCAUAUGUUCAUGAAUGCAUUUUUUCUUUAUAGCGCAGUUCCUUCUAGAUGAGCAGCAAAACUGAUUAUUUUACAGAAGAUCUCUGCCGAAUACAGGCGAUAAUGAUAUUUUAUAUAAUCUGCAAAAAGAGAAAAAAGGGGACGAAACAUAUUUUCUCCUAAAGAUUCCAAUUAUAUAACAUAAUGUAAUAGGAAAUCAUGAAAAGAAUCACAUUUUAUUAUGUAUACAUAUGUAUAAAUUUCGUUACUAAGUAAUACUAAUGGCAAUCUUUCUCUUGAAAUUAUACAUGGUACAAGAGACAGCAAUUAAUAAUAAAAAAACCUGUACUUUUUGUAAGGAAGAGCAGAGAUCAUAUAGUCUGUUUGAUGAGAUCGCGUUUAAGUUAUUAAUUGUACUAUUGACAUCAUCCGUGGCGCGCGAUUGUAAUGAACGAUACGCCGAGGAAGAAAAUAAGUUGAGACAUGUGGCAUAUGAUCGCUUAUAAUAGAUUAUAUACCAGAUACUUUUGCGUUUUUGUAGAGCUGACUUUAUAAAAGAAAUUGCUCACACAACUGCGAUUGUAUAAAUUUGAACAUUUGAUAGUUCAUUUCUCUAAGUAAGCGAGAUAAAUGCGAGAUACAGAUAUGCGUAAAAAAAAGAACGAUAAUAAAAGCAAUACAAAUGAACGCGUCAUUAUUUUCAAUAUUACAUUUGUUACGUGUAUUACGAAGAUAUUUCUUCCUCUGUUUGUAUCUAUGAGAUAAUACGUAUAAUGUCGGACUAAUAUAUAAGAAUAAUUCAACGUAUGAUAAUGUGAAAUAGUGAAAGAACAACGAAGUUGAGUUUACAGGGUAACGGUUGAUUAAGAACAGAGACAUUGAUUAUGAAUAGAAGAAUUCGACUAUAUGGUCCUAGUUUGUGUGCUAAAUAAAUUCGAAUAUAUCUAACUUUUAUGUUAAUAAGUUGGCGAAAAAAUAUGUUUUGAAACUUUUGCAACUGCAAAGAGCACUAUUGCAUAAGCAAGCGUAUCAUUAAUUCGAUUUUCUCUAACAUUAGAUUGGGAAUUCUCCCAUGAUCGCACGGUUGUUUUCGCUUGAAUAUCGCGUUGUCAUUCUAUAAUUCAUAAUAAAAAGGGCACAUUAAGAAAUUAAAUGCGUCAUCAUGCAGAUGUA